GAGGUCUAUUCAUUACGGAAACCGUUUACCGUUUAAGAGCCAAACAGCAAACGGGACAAAACGGGGAGCGACCUACCUGGAUUUGUCCAAUAUAAACUCGUUUGCGUUUUCCAUUUAGAGUGAACGGUUGCUGUUGCCAAACGUUUUGCAACAGACGAAACGUUACGUUUUGCAACAUAAUCCGUGUAAUGAUUACACCCCAGGUUUGACAUUUGCCUGCAGUGCUGUAGGCGUAUGUCCAGUACUAAUGCUUCUGUUUCAUGUGAAUGUUUGUAUCAGUCAUGUAUCUUAAAUACAGUUGUGGAAAGAGUACUUUAAGGACAUUUCACUAUAGUAGAAGUAAAAUGAAUGACUUGAAAAAUACAACAAAAAAAAAGUAUAAGUACUCAGUGACAGUAACGAGAGUAUAUUUGUAAUUAGUUACUUUACACCUCUGCCUUAAAUAGUAGCCUAUAAGGUCACCUCAAUAGAAAAUCGAAAGAUAUUUUGUAUUUAUUUAUUUAUUAAAUCUUUAUUUAACUAGGCAAGUCAGUUAAGAACAAAUUCUUAUUUACAAUGACGGCCUAUCCCAGACGACAUUGGGCCAAUUGUGCGCACCCUAUGGUACUCCCAAUCACGGCCGGAUGUGAUACAGCCUGGAUUCGAACCAGGGACUGUAGUGACACCUCUUGCACUAAGAUGUAGUGUCUUAGACCGCAGCACUACUCUUUUAUUCUAUUAUAUGGUGACAAAUGAAAUGUCAUUAAACAUUUUAUUUUUUAAAUGACGCAGACAUUUUUUUUAGGGGGUAGAUAAAUCCACCAGGGCAAUAACACGUUAAUGUUGAUAAAGAAAUCAUCUUGAAUAUGAUUAUACAUCCAUAUUGUGCUUUCAAAAUAGGGGAGCUUAUUUAAAUGCAGCCAAAUGGGACAGAAACUGUGCCUUCAGGGCAAAAAGGCACCCUCUCUGCCAAAAAGGUUUCAAGGCUUGUGUUGUUGUAUUCACACUGUGCCAGUGACCUGGAAGGUGAUGGAUGGUGAAGUAAAUAUUGGGGACCCAGGCGUUAUGAUUCAUGAUGCCGUUAACGCCAUGAUCUAUGGAAUACAAAUUGACUCCUGACAAAAAUGACAGGCGGCCUAGAAUGUAUCAUCAUGCCUUUCUAGUUCGACCACCAGAUGGUGCAUUUGACAGUUACAGUACAGAAGUUUCUAGAUAUUUUAAGGUAUGGCACUCAGUAAUCUCGUCCACCAGACGGCUCUCUCUCUCUUGAGCCUGGGAAUGAGGUUGGAUUCCCAUAAAUACUAUCCGUAAUGAUAACUCUUCCGUAAGAUUAUUUAUGAGAUCCAUACUGAUUGACACACCAAUGGAAGUGUGUGUGCGUGCGUGUGUAUGUGCGCACACACGUUUGUGUGUGAUUCUGCGCCUCUCUUCUUUGACCAUUAGGUGCUGUUGUGAACCUGACUCUGGUCACGCCGUCAAACUACCUGCCAAUGACUUCUUUAGACAGCACCUGUCCAAGGGUGGGUGGCGAAUCGCAUCUCUGCAUGUCUGGCAGACAUAUCAGUGUGGAUGACGGAUCACCACCUCAAGCUGAACCUCGGCAACACGGAGCUGCUUUUCCUCCCGGGGAAGGACUGCCCGUUCCAUGAUCUCGCCAUCACGGUUGACAACUCCAUUGUGUCCUCCUCCCAGAGCGCUAAGAACCUUGGCGUGAUCCUGGACAACACCCUGUCGUUCUCAACUAACAUCAAGGCGGUGGCCCGUUCCUGUAGGUUCAUGCUCUACAACAUCCGCAGAGUACGACCCUGCCUCACACAGGAAGCGGCGCAGGUCCUAAUCCAGGCACUUGUCAUCUCCCGUCUGGAUUACUGCAACUCGCUGUUGGCUGGGCUCCCUGCCUGUGCCAUUAAACCCCUACAACUCAUCCAGAACGCCGCAGCCCGUCUGGUGUUCAACCUUCCCAAGUUCUCUCACGUCACCCCGCUCCUCCGCUCUCUCCACUGGCUUCCAGUUGAAGCUCGCAUCCGCUUCAAGACCAUGGUGCUUGCCUACGGAGCUGUGAGGGGAACGGCACCUCAGUACCUUCAGGCUCUGAUCAGGCCCUACACCCAAACAAGGGCACUGCGUUCAUCCACCUCUGGCCUGCUCGCCUCCCUACCACUGAGGAAGUACAGUUCCCGCUCAGCCCAGUCAAAACUGUUCGCUGCUCUGGCACCCCAAUGGUGGAACAAACUCCCUCACGACGCCAGGACAGCGGAGUCAAUCACCACCUUCCGGAGACACCUGAAACCCCACCUCUUUAAGGAAUACCUAGGAUAGGAUAAAGCAAUCCUUCUGACC